CGUCUUGUAGAGGUUAUAGUAUUGUUGUUUUAUUAAAAUUUAUACGAAAUAAGACAGUAAUAAUGGCUAAGCAUCAUCCUGAUUUAAUUUUCUGCAGAAAACAGCCCGGCGUCGCUAUUGGCCGACUGUGUGAGAAAUGCGACGGUAAAUGCGUGAUAUGCGACUCGUACGUGCGGCCGUGCACGCUCGUGCGCAUCUGCGACGAGUGCAACUACGGCUCGUACCAGGGACGAUGCGUGAUCUGCGGUGGGCCCGGCGUUUCUGACGCGUAUUACUGCAAAGAAUGCACUAUCCAAGAAAAAGAUAGAGAUGGGUGUCCAAAGAUUGUGAACCUGGGAAGCUCAAAGACUGAUCUGUUCUACGAGAGAAAGAAGUAUGGAUUCAGAAGACACUAGUAGUAGCUGUAACUUUAGGCUAUUUGUAUUAUUAAAUGUGUGACUUGGACUUUAAAAUGGGUUUAACCUUGGUUUAA